AUGCCAUCGCUGGUGUCGUCUCUGAGAGCUAAAUAUGACAGCCUAGAUAGUGACAAAUUUGACGUGGAUGAGAUAGAGAAGUGGUAUCCUACAGUUCCUGAUGAAAUCUUCGACCAAUAUCCAGCUUGGUUGGAUGCACGUCUUUUGGUUGAUGCGUACGACUCGGUCCCAACGAAAAAGCUCGUGCAAGUAGCAGCUGCAACUUUAUUCGUUAACGGCUGCUGUGGAGUGUUCGUAACAGUUCCGAUUGACUACGAGGACCAUGCCAGUUUUUAUACAAGGAAUAGGCUUCUCGGAGCUUGGAAAGUCGGUUGA